GCUUAUAAUUUAAACCUGAGAAAAAUGGAGUUAGCCCACUGCCUGCCGUCCUUCUCUCUCUCAACCGUCAUGAGUGCCGUCCUUCUCCCUCAAACAAUAGCACGACACGGAGGAAGGUUAAAGCGGGGAUAAACCCGACCUGUAAUCCCGCUUCUCUCACCGCACGUACUCUGCUAAUACAAUUAAGCGACCGUCUCGGGUUCCAUCUCGAGUUUUGUUUUGAAAACAUGCUUUUCGGUGCACAAAUCAAUUAAAAAAAAACAUGUAAGUGUUCUGGAAGGCCUGCUUGAUUUAAAAAUAGAUAGGAAACAGGCCAUCUGUCUCUUAGCAUAGCGGAGCCGGGGGAGGAUUUAAUCCAGAUUAUGGCCGAAGCACACAACCUUGUGUGUAUGUGUGUGUGUGUGUGUGUGUGUGUGUGUGUGUGUGUGAAAUUGUAUGUGUUUGUUGCUUGUCAUCAGUACUCCCUUGGCCACAUAGACAAGCAGCAGGUUAGCUCGGGAGCUAAGGGAACCGGAGCGGAGAAACCAACCCGACCCAUUUGCCUCGUUCCUCGUCCGCCCCAAAAAACAUCCAAAAAGUCACCAUGGCUUUCUUAAUCAAGAGCAUGAUCGGGAAUCCGCUUUCGGGAAUGGGCCUGGGCGGCGGAGGAGACAAGGAGGAGGAGGCCGCCCCCUCGGACCCGGCCAAGGCGGCGGGCAUGACGCGCGAGGAGUACGAGGAGUACCAGAAACAGUUGGUGGAGGAGAAGAUGGAGAGAGAUGCAGAUUUCUUGCACAAGAAGGCAGAGAGGGCAACGCUGAGGGUGUGCCUCAGGGAAAAGUACAGGCUGCCUAAGAGCGAGCAGGACGAGAACAUGAUCGAGAUGGCCGGCGACGACGUGGACGUGCCCGAGGACCUGCUCAAGAUGGUGGACGAGGACGCCACCGAGGAGGAGGGCAAGGACUCCCUCAUGGGCCAGAUUCAGAACUUGCAGAACAUGGACAUGGACCAGUUGAAGGAGAAGGCGUCGGCCACCGUCACUGAGCUCAAGACCAAAGCCGAGGAGAAGUGCGUCGUCAUGUGAGGAAAAGUCAAGGAACAAGAAGAAAAUCCACCAUUAGAUUUGUUGUUUUAGCAACACUAUCAUCACCAACAAAUCGUUAGGUAGCCCGCAGACUACCGCCAGCAACAAGAACAUUUUUGUUUUCCCAUUUGUUCGUUGGUGGGUGACUUCCUGGUUCUCGAACAGAAGGCCGUGGCCAUUAUGAUUCAGUCAUCGAAAAUAACUUCCUGUAUCCGCACCUUUAUACAGAUCUUCACUAAACUGUAAUGUAAAUUUUGUGAAAAAUAUUUUUGUGUUCUUAUCUUAAUUCCCCUAACUAUCUGUCCUACUAUUUACUGUUUAUUCACGUUGUGACAAAAAAAAAUGUCUUUUUUUAAGAAUAUUGAUAGAACAACAAAGAUAGUGGUGGCCCAAAGACUUUUGCACUGUAUUUAAAACAAGACAUUUCUUGUUGACUUUUAACAUGAUUACAGCCAAUAUUCCUGAUUGUAGCAAUGCACAAAAAAUCCUCAAUCCACCCUCUCAGAAAAUAUACAAAUAAAACCAUCUAAAUAAAACGUAAACAAUAAAAUAUGAAAAUGUAAUUAAAUUCAUUCAUGCCACGUGCUCGAAUCUACAGCUAUCUUUUAAAAAAAGAUAGCCUAUUUUAAAAAAUCGUAAAUUUUAACAUGACCACAGUCACCGUUCCUAUUUGAUUAAUCGUUGCAAAAACACAUUUAAAAAAAAUAAAUAAAUCCCCCUACUCAAAAGAUGUACAAAAUGUUAUAAAAUUUAGACAAUAACAAUUUCAUGAAAAUAAUAUAGAUUAGGUUCCCUAAUUUACCAAAAUGAAAUUUUGGGAAAAAAAAAAAAAAGCCGGGUUCAAUGUCUGUUUAUUAACUGCAGCAACACCAAAAGUCUUUAAUCUCCCCACUCAAAAAUAAAAUAUACAAAAUAAUAUAUGAUACAGACACUAAAACUUAAAAUUUGAUUAUUAUCUAUUCCCCCCCAGGUGCCCUGACUUCCCAUAAAGACCUUUUGGGGGCAAAAAAUAAUAAAUCCCUCCCAUGUAAAUACCCUUCUUAUGGUUGCUUAAAAACUUUAUUUCUGUUUGCUGUAACAAGCGAGACCAUCAUAGUCUCCUAAAAUAUUUUUUACAGCCAAGUAUGUUUAAAGAGAGUGUUUUGGUUUCCCUUUCGCUUUAAUGGUUAAGUUAGUUUUUUUGUUGUUGUUGUUUUUUUUGUAUCUGGUGUUUGAGUUAAUUGAGACCAGUUCUAUCUGUUAUCAACGCAAAUCAGGCGCUUGUUAUAAUGUUCUCACAUUAAGAUAUAUAUAUAUAUAUAUAUAUAUAUAUGUAUAUAUAUCCUGUAUAUAUAUAUAUAUAUAUCCUGUAUAUACAGUGUGUGUGUGUUUGUGUGUGUAUAUAUAUAUAUAUAUAUAU